UCUGCUAGGGAGAUUCAGACUAAAGCUUGGCAGACGACAGACGUUGAUUACUCUCUAGCAUGAGGUAGCAGUGAAGUCAGCACAGGUUACACACAGUGUGUAGGGUAGGUGUGUAAUCUCAGGGUACCAACAGAUACACAGGUAACGUGAGGAAUAGAGUUUACAAGAUGGCGGAAAACAUGGAGACACUUAAUACACAAAACGAUAAUCGAAGUAGGUACGUAGGCCACACAGACUUACGCAAGCACUUCACUGACUGUAAGGUAAACCCAGGCCAUGACAACCUGAUACCAAUUACAAGAUUUACACUGGAUCAUCUCCCCUUACGUUACCGUGACGAUGACGUGUUGAAACUUGUCUUAGGCCUCUCCUAUCUUACGGUCAUGUUGAAAGUCAGCUACACAAGUAUGAAGAGACCAAAUGCAGUUUCUUGCUUGAGUGGUCAGUAUCCUGGUUAUGAUAUGAGAGGAAGUGACGUGUUAAGGACAGGGACGGGGUUUGUGAUUGGUGUAGAUAUUCAUUCUGACACAGCUGCGUAUGGGCCUUGUCGUUGUAAAAAUUGUGUCGGGAAGGACCAAUUAAAACCAAGUGGCGAGAUUAUUGUACUCACAGCCAGGCACGUGGUGUUUGAUGAAAGCGAGGCUAAGUUAACUAGGUGUGUUCUGGACUUUGAUGAAAAUAACAGCACCGUGGUAAACCUUGAUGAGUGGCGCGUUGAAUGGGCAGACAGUGAGUCGGAUAGGUGUGCGUUGAGGUACGUCACCUGUGAUAUGGACCUGCUCAAGAGACUGGACAGAGCGUAUAAACGCUUCGAUGACCUGUUUGUGAUAGUCUGUGACAGGUACAAGGAGUUCGCUGAGGAGGACCGGCUGGCGGUUAUGGUGUCCCACCCCCACGGGUGCCCGAAACACGUCACCGUGGGGCAGUGGGAGGUGAAGGAUAUACGUGGUGAGUACAAGAGGUGGAUGGCGUCUGUUUGCCCUGGUACUGGGGGAGCCAACGUCUUCAGACCUUGAGUUACCACAGGUAGUGGGGGAGCGAACGUCUUCAGACCUUGAGUUACCGCAAUAAGUAUUGGCAGGCAAAAUGUACCACAAGUAAAAACUUUCACGCUGGUGUGACAGGGUGUGAUAAAAUCUGUUUGUGACAGGAUGUACUCAAAUCUUUAUAAUACAUUUUUAUUUAAUUUUUAGAAAUGUUAUUUGCAUAUAUCAAUAAAACUAAUA